AUGGAUCGGCUUUCAUCAGCAGCUACGUUUGAAAGCAUGCAUUAUGAUGGCAGGCAGGGCACCCCUUGUGGUUCCAGUGCUGAAAUUGCUAGUGGCUUUUUGUUUAGGUACAAGCCAGAUAAGAAGUAUAAAUGGGAGCCACUCAGGGAUGACCUUGAGAUUGGAAACUCUGCAUACCCAAUGGUCUUGGUACAAAUUCCAAUGUACAAUGAGAAAGAGGUGUAUCAAUUAUCAAUUGGAGCUGCAUGUGGGCUAUCAUGGCCGUCUGAUAGGAUUAUAAUUCAAGUUCUUGAUGAUUCCACUGACCCAAUCAUUAAGAAAAUGGUGGAGGUGGAAUGCCAGAGAUGGGCCAGUAAAGGCGUAAACAUAAAGUAUGAGAUCAGACAGAACAGAAAUGGAUACAAAGCUGGGGCUCUUAAAGAAGGCAUGAAGCAUAGCUAUGUGAACUUGUGUGAUUAUGUGGCUAUCUUUGAUGCAGAUUUCCAACCUGAGCCUAACUUCCUUUGGCGCACAAUACCAUUUCUGGCUCACAACCCAGAAGUAGCACUAGUCCAAGCUCGAUGGAAAUUUGUUAAUGCUGAUGAAUGCUUAAUGACAAGAAUGCAAGAGAUGUCAUUGGACUAUCAUUUCCUUGUGGAGCAGGAAGUCGGGUCCUCAACCUAUGCCUUCUUUGGUUUCAAUGGCACAGCUGGUGUGUGGAGAAUUUCAGCAUUAAAUGAAGCUGGUGGAUGGAAGGACCGCACAACAGUGGAAGAUAUGGAUCUGGCUGUCCGAGCUGGUCUCAAAGGAGGGAAAUUUGUGUAUCUUAGUGAUCUAAAGGUGAAAAGUGAAUUGCCAAGUACCUUCAAAGCCUUUCGUUAUCAGCAGCACCGGUGGUCAUGUGGCCCAGCUAAUCUUUUCAAGAAAAUGGCAACGGAAAUCAUGAGAAACAAGAAAGUCUCCAUGUGGAAGAAGUUUUAUGUGAUUUAUAGUUUCUUCUUUGUCCGGAAAAUCGUAGCUCAUGUGGUCACAUUUGUAUUCUACUGUGUGAUUAUGCCAGCAACUGUUCUAGUUCCAGAAGUUGAAAUCCCUAAGUGGGGUGCUGUGUAUAUACCUUCUAUCAUCACACUCCUCAAUGCAGUUGGAACACCACGGUCAAUCCACUUACUGGUAUUCUGGAUACUCUUUGAAAAUGUUAUGUCAAUGCAUAGGACUAAGGCAACACUUACAGGUUUGCUAGAGGCUGGGAGAGUAAAUGAAUGGGUAGUCACUGAGAAAUUGGGGGAUGCCCUAAAGACAAAAUCAGGUGGCAAAGCAGCUAGGAAGCCUCGUAUCAAGAUUGGUGAAAGGCUUCAUUUCUCGGAACUUCUAGUGGGGGCCUACCUCUUUUUCUGUGGAUGCUAUGAUCUUAUAAUUACUCCACUUGGCUAG